UUUUUUUUUUAAUUUUUAUAAUAAUAAUUGUUUUUUUUUCAAAUAUUUUAAAUAAUUUUGUCAUCGAAAAAUGAACACAUCAGUUUGCUUACUACUGCGGUAUCGACGGCACCCACCCACUACGUUCCCGUGCACAUUGUAUUACCUUAUCCGUUAAGUUUUAACUGUGCAAUGGUGUUUGGUGUCAUACAACAUAUGGACAUCUCUGCUAUAGUUAUGUGAUGAAGAUUCUGUGAAUACUUGCACAUCAAAUACAUAUCACAACAUACACUUAUAGGACAGUCAAAGGUUUUGGCUAGGAUGAUGGCGCCCAAAAUACAAGAAGAUGAACAUAUCGUCAAUAACAAUAACAAAUGUGAUUCUCCAGCGUUCAAACUCAACAUAGAAGAUACGGCCGUACAUGGUGGGAACACAGACUCGAAUUCUACGAAUAAUAGCCAGUUUUCGAGCAUGUCAGAUGAAGAGAGUUACGAGUGUUACGGUGAAAAUGACAUGGAGAAUUCUUCACCUGUUAAUAACGUGAUCUCAAAUGGUGUCGAAAAUCCAGUCACUAACACGUUGGGACUAAAAAGAAAUACGUGGCUCAGGACAAGUUUGAGGAGGACCACAAACGGGCAUAGUGCUGAAAUACUGCCAAACCGUAAAUGGGGUUCGAUGAGACAUUCAUCGGCCAAAAGGAUCGGUUCAAAUGCACUCGCCAGUGAUCUUUAUCGGAGUUCAAGUUUCAAUUCGUCCGGCCGCAGUUCCAUUUGCGAUACGCCCGACGAUGUGUAUUCUGACACAUCCAUCGAAGAAGACGUUCUCGACCUCAACAAUAAGGUACAAGUGUUACAAAAACAGAUGAAUUCUCUGACCGACAAUCAACACUUGACGGACGAACGGUACGCGCGCACCAAGGAGGAAAACGCCGCUCUCCAAGCCCGCGUCCACAUGCUUGAAGAGCAGCUCCGCGACACCGAACUCAGGUGCGAGGAGCGGUUGGCGUCUGAAGAGCGUAGACACAGAGAGCUGGUCACCCGAGUCGAUAGGGAAAAACAAUUGCAUAUUGAUAAUUGUGCCAUAAGACUUCAAAGUAUUGAGUCGGCUAAUGAAAAUUUACGAUUGGAAGCAGAAAAAUGUAAGUCCGCGUUAGAGGCGAUGCGCACUGAAAAGAUUUCGUUGGAACAACGGAUUAGCGAUCUCAACGUGGGUGCUCAGUCGUUUAAAGAUGAAAUACGUCUACUGGAAGCUGAACUUAGGAAGUUGAAACAGAGAGAACGGGACAACGAAGAGAUUAUCGAAGGUCUGACCAAAGAGCUAGAAAUAUCUCGACUUGAAAAAGAAGCUAUGAUCACCAAACUGCAAUCGCCGUCGCCGUAUGUCACUGAGCUUACGGCCCAGUUGGAGUCACUAAAACAUCAGAAUCGGUCGUUGAAAGAUUCAUACGAUGAGUUGCAAGCGUCCUCCAUAGCCAAAGGUAUCGAAAGAGGCAGACUGUUGUUGACAGAGUCACCCAGCCUCGCAUCUGAACUCGACGGUUUGACUCACGAUGACCACAGUCCCUCGUCUUUGCAAAUAAACAAGAUGAAAACCGCCUUGAAAGAUCAACAAGAGGUGAAUGAUCAGUUGCGAGCUUAUAUCGACAAUAUUCUACUAAACAUUGUCGAAAACCAUCCUGAAUUGUUAGAAGUCAAACAAAAUUUAUGAAAUAUUAUUAUGAUUUCAUUAUAAUAACAGAUAUUCACAUAUAACACAUACACACAAUGUUCCUAAUACUAUUGAUUGGUAAAGUUGGAGACUAGUGUCUUUCAAUAGACAUGUUUAUCUCAAUUAUUGUUGCUGUCAUUGUACUUACAUAUUAUAUUGCCGCCUUAUUUAAUGUCUACCAAUUUUUACCCAUUGCAUUUCCAACAAAUGUUAUCAAUUAAACGUGUGUUAUAUUAUAUAUAAUUUGUUGUGUAUAUAAAUAGUUGUAAAAUUUUUUGUAAAAAGCAAAAUAAAAUGAAAAAAA